UUGAUUGAGGACACUUGGAGGCUGCUACUCAUUGAAACAUAGUAAUCACUCAGCACCCAGUGUAAAGAGAAAUCUCCCUGACUGAGGAAAUCAACACGGGAUUCUGUUAUAAAACCACAGGAUAAAGAUGAAAUAAAUGUCUGCUGUCAAUGAUGUAUAGAGUAGUGUUGCAGAAAUCUGUCAGAGUGACAGGUGUUAGGUGUGGUAGUCACAUUACCCGUGUAUCGUCAGACCGGGUCUGGAUCAGUGAUUAUAUAGGCAAUCUCAUCUUGACAAACACAGCAGGUGAUAAACUACAUCAUCUGACAGAUAUAGAUAGUGAUUAUGGAGUACACACAGUGACUAGAGACGGUGAUUUAAUUUAUAUAGACAGGGAGUAUAAUAUCAACAAACUGUCUACAGAUCACACAGUACAGACUACAUUAAUAAAGUACAACACAGCACCAUGGAUACCAGUGAGCGUCUACAGCUCCCCCUCCACUGGAGACCUGCUGGUCGUGAUGUAUAAAUAUGAUACAAAGACAGGCAAGGUAAACCGUUACAAUAACACAGGACAACACAUACAGACCAUACAGUACGACAACAACACAGGUCAGGGACUGUAUAGAGAACCUCUCUACAUCACAGAGAACCGCAAUGGAGAUGUUAUUGUGUCUGACAUUGGCCGUGAUGCUGUAGUGGUGACAGAUGGUGUAGGGAGACAUCGCUUCUCCUACACAGGACCUCCAUCAGGAUCACGACUAUCACCACGUGGAAUCUGUACUGACGCACUGUCACACAUCCUGGUGUGUGAUUAUAGAACCCGCUCAGUACAGAUGAUUGAUAAAGACGGACAAUUCCUGUCAGUGAUACAGACAUCAGAACACGGGAUAGACUCACCAUGGAGCCUGAGUUAUGAUGACAUCACUAACCUUCUCUGGGUCGGAUCUGGGUAUAACAACACAGUGUACAUAUACAGACUUAUCAAUGGAGGGGAUAAUCUGACUGAUCCAGGCAGUGAUGAUUUAAAUAAAGUUGAUGAGUUAAAGAAGUUUCUGAGGAAGGAGAAGACAACUGUUUCCCAUGCCAGAGGAAUACUUGUUGGAUGUGCUGAAGCUGGAAAAACAACACUGCUGAAGCAAUUACAAGGGCAACUCCAAAAUGUCAGCAAAGUUAUAGAGUCCACCAGGGGACUGGAAGUCUAUCAACAUCUCUUCAUUGUUAGAGAUGGAAUUCUGGAAGUGGCUGAUGAUGACUCACCAUUGAAGACAUUUAUCAGGAUAAACGCUGCAGAUUUGAAACCAGACCCAAGCAGUGCAGUUGACACCUCCGAUACAAAUGGAAAAGAAGAACUAGGAAGUACUGAUAAAAACACUGAAGUAGUUUAUAGCCGAGAAGAAAAGAAAGAAGAGAAUGUGGAAAUGUCUUCUUCACCAACUGAGGGCACAGAAGAAGAGAAUACAGUAGAGGUAAUGGUCAGUCUUCUCUCCUCAGAAGCUCCAGCAAUGGUGAAAGAUGAAAUUUUUCGGAAAAUCUUAUCUGAAAAAGAGAAGUUACCAACAGUAAGCAUGCUGGAUUUUGCUGGCCAGUUAGCGUAUUAUGCCUGUCACCAAAUUUACGUAACACCAAAAGCCUUCUUCAUCCUUGUCUUGGACAUGACUAAGAGAUUUGAAGAUGUUGUCGAUAAAGAGAAAGACAAUCAAGAAGGAUCAAUCUUCUCCGUGUGGACAUACAAAGACUACUUGAAGUUUUGGAUUACUUCAAUCAAGACAUUUGGAGGUAAAAAGGCUCCACUGUUUCUUGUUGCCACACACACGGAAACAAAAUCUACAGAUGAAAUAGAGAAGUAUUUUGGGGAGUUCUGGAAUGCUGUACCAGAUGAGGACAGAGAUUGGUUAAGUGAGUCUCUGAAUGAUCGGGAAUAUGCAGUAGGUCUGAGGGAACUUAAUGAUAAUACCAAGGAAAUGCUGGAGUCAAUGAAAAAGUCCAUAGUGGAACUAUUUACAGAUGAGAACAAUACAAAAAUUGAAUUGCCUUCUUCAUGGGCUUUAAUGGAGCAGUUAUUAUAUGAAGGAUCCUGGAAGGUUUUGUCCCUGGGUGAAAUCUGGAAGCUCAACUCAUCUCUUCCCGAUGAAUACCAAAUCAAAAGUGGGGAGGAAAUGUCUAAGUUUUUAAAGUGCUUCCAUGAUAAUGGCCUUCUUUUGAAUUUUGAAGAAGAUGAAUUGAGGAAACAUGUUAUUCUAGACAUUCAGUGGUUUGCUAAUGCUUUUAGUAAGGUAAUUGCUGAUGAAAACCACAUCAAUAAAGAUUGUAAAAGGAAAUUAAUCAAAGAGUGGAAAUCCUUUAACAAAACAGGGGAACUUAAAAAUAAAGUGAUAGAUGCUUUGUGGAAAGAUGAACCCUCGUACUUGAAACACAAAAGUGAAAUUAUGCCGUACAUGGAGAAACUUCAAAUGCUGGUACCUUUGAAUGCAUUUGAGGCUGUAUCAGAAGGCGGCAUGUCAUGGUAUGUCCCAUGUAUGAACAAAAAGCAGUUUAAAGCUGACUUCUGUGAAGAUAAAUGGGAAUGCUCCUCCAUUUUAUGCUUUCGGUUCACUUCCUUUGCCAUGUUCGUGUUCUACAGACUGGUAGCAUACUGCAUGAGUUUUCUAAGAUGGAGUGUUGCAAAAGAUGAAGAUAAUGAGGGAAGUCCAUGUCUUUAUCAAACAGCGGCAGUGUUUGAUCACAAUGCACACACUGUUGUUAUUGGCAUAUGCAAUGAUGACAUUCAGUUGCAAGUGUUCAGAAUCAAACCAUUAACUGUAGACAAAGAAGUAUCGAAUGAAAUUGGAAAUUCCGUUGAUAAAACAAUAGAAAAACUGACAGAAACAUUUAUUGACACAAAAAUAUUCCACAGAGGAUACAAAUGUCAAAACAUUAUUUGUAAUGAGAAAGAUAUAUCUUUUACCCUUGCAAGUGAGCUCUCCAAAAUCAAGGCUAAAGAAAUUCAGUGCAAGUGUAAACUUCGGGAGAAACAUGUGAUAAAUGUACAAAGAACUCUAGGAUUCUGGGAAAAGAGAGAGGCAAGUGAUUCCAGUACUCCUGGGGCCUCUGGACAAAACCUAGGAGGCCGAUCUCGAUUUGCAAAACUUGGAAUGGCUACAAACGAUGUCUUAAAUAAGGCAUACAGAGAUAUUCUAGAAUCAGAAAUUCCCCCAUCUGAUAUUGAGAACAAGGUGAAUUCAUUAUCAAACAAAAAGAGGAUGAAUCUGAAGCUGAACCCAGAUCAAGAAGAUCUUUUGAAAAAAGCAAAAAAUUCUGGAUAUGUGGAAUUUGAUAUUUCAUUAACAUACAAGAUGAUAAGAAACAUUUGUUCAACGAUCCCUAAACCAGCAAAAGGAAAGUGGGGAGAAGAGCCUGCAGCAGGAGAGGUGACAGUGGGUGAUGAUGUCGAGAGAAUUAGGUUAAUCCGAAAUAGAUUGGCUGCACACGUGAGCUCAGCCUCCACCCUUCAGGCAGAAUUUGACGACACCUGGUCGAUGAUGUCAGAUAUCUGCCAAAGAUUGGAAACCUUCACUGGGAAGAAAUACUUGGAUGAUCUUAAUUCCAUUGAAAAACUGACCUUAAGAAAAGAAGAUGAGGAUGCUAUUAUUAAAAAUGUCAAAAUGCAAGAAAUUUGGGAAAGGAUCAAAUCAAAUAUGCAAGAAUUUGAAACAGUGCUCAAGCCUAAUGAAGAUGCUACAAAUUAGGUGUUAGUAAAA